AUGGCGCGGAAGCAAUCGAGUCCCAUGAUGCCUGCCUUCAUGGUCUCUGCGCCCGGCAAGGUCAUUGUCUUUGGUGAGCAUGCUGUGGUCCACGGCAAGGCCGCUAUCGCUGCCGCGAUCUCUCUACGAUCAUAUCUCCUCGUCACAUCCCUUUCCAAAUCGAGACGGACCGUCACGAUGCGAUUCCCCGACAUCGACAUGGCGCAUACGUGGAACAUUGACGAACUCCCAUGGGACAUCUUCUCGCGCCCUGACAAGAAGAAGUACUACUACGAUCUUGUGAGCAGCUUGGAUGCGGACUUGAUGGAAGCCAUUCAGCCGCACCUGAAAGAUGUGUCGCCGGACAAGUCCGACAGUGAUCGGAAAAUCCACCAGAACGCCGCCGCGUCUUUCUUGUACCUUUACCUGUCUCUGGGAUCGCGGAAGAACAACGGAUGUUUGUACACAUUGAGGUCCACAAUCCCGAUCGGCGCUGGACUGGGCAGCAGUGCAUCGAUUGCUGUCUGUCUGGCCACCGCCUUGCUGUUGCAAAUUCGCACACUGUCAGGUCCACACCCUGAUCAGCCGGCGGCUGAGGCCCGGCUGCAGGCCGAGCGCAUCAACCAGUGGGCCUUUGUAUAUGAGAUGUGCACACACGGCAACCCGUCUGGUGUGGACAACACGGUCGCCACGCAGGGCAAGGCUGUAGUAUUCCAGCGCACCGACUAUGGAAAGCCCUCCACGGUCACACCGCUGUGGGAUUUCCCGGAGCUGCCACUGCUCGUUGUAGACACGAAGCAACCGAAGUCGACGCUUUUCGAGGUCGCGAAGGUGGCCAAGCUCAAGAACACACACACGAAGCUCGUCGGAAGCAUUCUCGAAGCCAUUGACCAGGUCACAAGAAGCGCCGAGAGUCUGAUGAACGAGGACGACUUUGAUAGCGAGGAUCUGGAGUGCCUGCGGAGGGUAGGCGAGCUCAUGAACAUCAACCACGGCCUGCUGGUGUCGCUGGGCGUCUCGCAUCCUCGUCUCGAACGGAUUCGCGAGCUCGUCGAUCACCAAGAAAUUGGAUGGAGCAAGUUGACCGGCGCUGGCGGUGGUGGCUGCUCCAUCUCACUAAUGAACCCCGAUGUCUCCCGGGAAAAGCUCGCCAGGUUACAAGGACAGCUGGCUGACGAAGGCUACCAGGCUUUCAGGACGACUCUUGGCGGAGAUGGUGUUGGUGUGCUGUGGCCGGCUGUGCUCAAGAACGGCCUUGACGAGGACGAGGAAGGCGGCAUGGAGAUUGACCUUGAGAAGUUCUUGAAUGCCGAGGGAAAUGAGGGCGUGGAAAAGCUUGUCGGUGUGCACGGGACGACAGGCGAGAGAGAGGGAUGGAAGUUCUGGCGGGUAUAG